UCUCUGGCUGCCCUUUGGAUGGUCCAAGGGCCAGUCAGCAGAGUCCCGCUGUCCAAACCUCCGGAGUCGAGUGGGGCCGUGGCCGGUGGCGCUGAGGAGCCGGGCUCGCUGCCCCGACAAGAUAUUUGAUACUGCAUUGUAUGGGACAAGAAGUUCUUAAAAGGAGAAGACAUAUAGAAAAGGAUGUCUCAUUUAAUCAAAGGAGUUAAAAAAUGUUAUGGUCUUUCUGUCAGUCAAAUGCACAAAGUAACAGGAUUUCCAUUUAAAACACCCACACUCAAAAGCUUACUAGCCUAUAGUGGGCAACAAUUAAAAACUUCACGUACAUUCUCUAAACUUAGUUCUGAAAAUGCAGACUCUUAUAGAUACAUCAUAGUUGGAGCUGGAUCAGCAGGGUGUGUAUUAGGCAGCCGAUUGACUGAAGACUCCCUUAGUACUGUUUUACUUUUGGAAGCAGGCCCUAAAGACACCCUUCUAGAUAGUAAAAGAUUAAUGUGGAAGAUUCAUAUGCCUGCUGCAUUAACCUAUAAUCUUUGUGAUGAAAAAUAUAAUUGGAAUUACCACACAACACCACAAAAGCACCUGGAUAAUCGAAUUAUGUACUGGCCCAGAGGUAGAGUGUGGGGUGGCUCCUCAUCUCUCAAUGCUAUGGUGUACAUUCGGGGGCACGCAGAAGACUACAAUCGAUGGCAUAGAGAAGGUGCUGUGGGAUGGGACUAUGAAUUUUGCUUGCCUUAUUUUAAGAAGGCACAGACUCAUGAGCUGGGUCCUAACCUGUACAGAGGUGGGAAUGGACCAUUGCAUGUGUCAAGAGGAAAGACGAACCAUCCUCUUCAUCAUGCAUUCCUGGACGCAGCCCAGCAGGCUGGCUAUUCUUUCACAGAGGAUAUGAAUGGUUACCAACAAGAAGGAUUUGGCUGGAUGGAUAUGACUAUACACAGAGGUCAAAGAUGGAGCACAGCUAGUGCUUACCUUCACCCUGCCAUAACACGCCCAAACUUGUCCACAGAAGCUAGAACACUUGUAACGAAAAUUUUGUUUCAAGGGACAAAAGCCAUAGGGGUUGAGUAUGUCAAGAAUGGGCAAAAGAAAAAGGCGCUUGCCAGUGAGGAAGUGAUUUUAAGUGGAGGUGCCAUAAAUUCCCCACAGCUACUUAUGUUGUCUGGGGUUGGAAAUGCAGAUGACCUCAAAAAAUUAGGGAUCCCUGUUGUUUGUCACCUUCCUGGAGUAGGCCAGAAUCUUCAAGAUCAUUUAGAAGUGUACAUACAGCAGGAGUGCACCAAACCUAUUACUCUCUACAAAGCACAAAAGCCUGUUAACAUGGCAAAGAUUGGUUUAGAAUGGCUUUGGAAAUGUACAGGAGAUGGAGCUACUGCCCACUUAGAAUCUGGUGGGUUUAUUAGAAGUCGGCCAGAUGUUCCUCAUCCAGACAUUCAGUUCCAUUUUCUUCCUUCUCAGGUGAUUGAUCAUGGACGUGUUGCUUCCCAGCUGGAAGCUUACCAGGUUCAUGUUGGACCCAUGAGGAGCAAAAGUGUGGGCUGGCUAAAGUUGAAAAGUAAAGAUCCAAGGGACCAUCCUGUGAUUGAACCAAACUACUUAUCAAUGGAAACAGAUGUGUGGGAAUUUCGUCAGUGUGUCAAGUUAUCCAGAGAAAUUUUUGCUCAGAAAGCUUUUGAAAAAUUCCGUGGUCCUGAAAUUCAGCCAGGAAGUCAUGUACAGUCUGACAAAGAAAUAGAUGCUUUCAUAAGACAGAAGGCUGAUAGUGCUUAUCAUCCUUCUUGUACCUGUAAAAUGGGGCAGCCGUCUGAUAUCACUGCUGUGGUUGAUCCUCAGACCAAAGUAAUUGGGGUUGAAAACCUGAGAGUCGUAGAUGCCUCAAUAAUGCCCAGUGUGGUCAGUGGGAAUUUGAAUGCCCCAACCAUCAUGAUAGCAGAAAAAGCUGCUGAUAUGAUCAAGGGGUUCCCAUCACUCAGUGAGAAAAAUGUUCCUGUAUAUAAACCUCAAACCUUGGAAACACAGCGAUGAACAAAAUGCCCACGCUUAUUUUCCAGUUCACGGGAAGUACAGGCCCUGCAUCGUGAUGAGUUGUUGCAAGGUAAUAUGGAAAUCCCCAUAGAAUGGAAUAGUGAAUGGAGUAGAAACAGGAUGGAAAUCACAAUCUUUCUUUUCCCCACCACUAAUAGCAGAGGAGGGAGGGAAAUAAUCUUUAUUCUAGCCUGCCUCUGCACUCCUUACUCUUACAAAUUUGAAUGGGAAUUUUUGCCAUUCAGCCUCAGCCCGUCAUUCUUUUUGUUGUCCCACCUAAGUCAUCUGUUGAAUCUUGCUAGAGUUUGUACAUUUUAAAAAAAAAGUCAUUUAAAUCCUGUCUUAUACUUUGAUUUUUUUAAAAUCUGCAUGAUGUUUAAUGUAAACAAGGAAAUGUGCAUAAUCCUUGCACAAGCUGUCAUUAUGACAAUUAAACUCCUGUGAAAAUUUUUGCUAUUAUGCGGUUUUAACUUGCUUAACCAUCUUAAUCAUAGUCCUGAUUUAAUAGACAAAUUUCUGUAGCAGAUUUCUCCAUCGUCUAUUUUCAUAAAAUAAGCUAUUUAGAAAUGGGAACAUGUCAAAACUAAAACAACAGCAUGUAGAUUCAGGUUAGAAUGUCUGCAGAGCACAACUAAUAUUAGUUCACAGAAUAAGGCUAAAAUGUUUAGCGUUCAUAAUUAAGUUCCCAUAUAGAAAUUGUCUGUUGUCUGGGUAUGCCGGAAGGAGGAGUGGAGACACUGGAGGUGGUUUAGUUAGGCUGCAAGUUCAUUCCCAGACAUCAAGGAGUACCCGGCAGAUAAAAGUGUACAGUGCAGGUAAUUCCAUAAUCGUUUACAUAAACUGGGGGCAAAGGGGAGUUGCUGUCAGCUCUUCCCCUUUACUCCUCCUGGUCCACAGCCAAUCUGCUCCUGGCACCUCAUGACCCCUUCCAUCUUGAAUGAGGGGUGGGGGAGAGUUGGCUCCCUGCCGUCAUAAGAAUCCUGAAACCCCAUCUUCCCCCCAUUUCCACUCCUUUAUACAAUACCUCCUUUAAAUCCUUUACCAAAGAGCAUCAUGGACCUUCCCGAUGGAGUAACCACACUGGACAUCUGCCCCAUACUGAGCUGCGACAUCAUAGCCAACCCCCCAUUUUCACUUGGUACAACUGAGCCCCCAACACACUGUGGGGAAGGCAACUCCCCCCCCCCCCCCCGCACCCUGACCAAUCUGGAGAUGAAGGGAAAAAUUCCUUCCCAGCCCCCCGAGAAAGGAGCAAGUAGUUCCCACAGAGUAUUAUGACAAAACCUGGUGUUUAACUGCUAUCAUGUGAGGGUGGUAGUAGUGGUGGUGGGGAAGGGGGUGUUGCGCCACCUGGGCCAAGUAAAAGAGGGCUUUUGUAGCACCAGUAUGUAUCUAAAUAGUCUCCCUUUUCUUCCAAUCACCUAUGGGAGAGGGGGAAAUGAGUUAAUAUCCUCAAACUGAUCUGGUCUGAAGCUGCUGCAGCUCUCUAGCUAUCUAACCUUUAAAGGGACCACACAUCUUUUCCUACAAGCCGGACAACGGCCCCUACUGCUUAAUGUGCGGUGAGGUCAUUUCUCGGAUUCCUGUGCUGGUUUUAAAAAAGACCUAAAAAAUUAAUAUCAGAAGAAUGUGGAUUUAUUAAAUAGUCUGUGAACUAAAAGAAAUCCUACAAAUAUAAUUACUGAGCACGUAGCUGUCAAAUAAUAAAGCUAGUGCUCCUACGGCUGAGCCAUCGUGAAAGAUAGUAUUAUCUUAAGCCAGGGACUGUUACCAACAUGUAAAGGACAAACAUGAUUAUUAAAUGCAGAAGGAGAAAAUGCUCACAAUAGCUUAGCAGACAGCAGGCAUUGGAAAUUGAUGAAAGUACAGUAAAUACAGUGCUUACAGCUGUAAAUAAGUAACGUGAAAGCUUGCUUGAGUCUUCCAAUGAACAGCAGAAUAAUUUACUCCAGAAAAAAUGGAAUUUUACAGUUUAA